AUGAUCAAUGGAAAUGGCCACAAAUUCGACGGAGGAGGCCCAUUCUACUGGGAUGGCCAGGGUAUCAACGGUGGUACCCAAAAGCCGGAUCCGAUGAUGAAAAUUAAAAUUUCUGGCACUUUCGAGAAUGUUAAGGUAGUCAACUCACCAGGACGCGUUUUCUCAGUUUCAAACCCGGCAGCAUUGACAAUGACUGGCCUAAACAUCGAUAACUCCCAAGGAGAUGCCCCUAACUCGAAGAGUGGAGGGAAAGCAGCAGGCCACAACACAGACGGAUUUGAUGUUAGCUCUAACGACCUUACCAUCCAAAACAGCCAAAUCCACAACCAAGAUGACUGCCUUGCGAUCAAUAAGGGCACCAACAUUGUCUUUAAAGGAAACUCUUGCACAGGAGGCCACGGUAUUUCUAUCAAGCUACCGAAGGGAUCAAUUGACUCCGAUGUUACCGUUUCUGGCGUCAUUAUUUCCGGGAAUACCAUUACCAACAAUGAUCAAGCUCUUCGCAUCAAGACAAAGUCUGCAUCUACUGGAAGCACUGUCACAAAUGUCACCUACUCUGGAAAUACCGCUACAGGAAUCCGUCAAUUUGGUGUCAUUAUUGACCAGAGCUACCCAGACACUCUCGGUACUCCAGGAACUGGCGUCAUCAUCUCUAACAUCAACUUUGGCUCUCCAGCAACUUCUAUUUCCGUCAACAGUGGUGCUCAAAAGGUUGCUGUAAAUUGUGGCAAGGGAUCUUGCACAGGAACCUGGAACUGGUCAAAUUUAAAGGUAUCAGGAGGAGUCUCUGGCAAAAUCACCAAUGCUCAAAUCUCCGGCUUCAGCGAGUAA